CUUUUGUAAGAACUCAGUGUUACUAUCCCCCUCCCGCCCCCCGUAAAAACUAAUGCCGCCCCUAGCACGGUGGGUGAAAGAAUUGCCUUUUCAUAUUUCGAUUAGCGCGGCGAUGGAAGCAUUGCGCCAACUUGCACGGCCGCCGUAACGCAGACUUUGUCCCAAGUACGCUGUCGUUCAAUGUGGCCAUUCUGUUCCGCGAUGCUUGAAUCCGCAGACGAUGUAUAUGAAAAGCUCGUAUCGACAACAUUCUCAGUAAGCGCAAAAUUCUAGAAAAGUCGCAAGUACGGACGAGUAAAUUAAUUGAUUAGUAAAUUCUUUUAUCUUAAACCUGAAGAACUCAUCACCAGUAUAAAAACAGAUCAUGACACGGCGGUUUACCUGGAAGUGUUGGAAUACUCACGAAUGGUCUUUUGGUGUUGCAUGCCGACAUCUGAAAUUUUCUAUAUUACUUUUCAGGACAAUGUGUAAUUUUUGUCUUUACGCUCUUCUUUGCCUUCUGGCUUUUUACGCAUCACAAAGGAAAAGGCUUUUGCUUCAAUUAUUUAUCUUCUACCAAACCGUUUCCAAUAAUUCACCUCUUUUGCGUUCGUUUCAAUCUCACAAGCUGCGAUAAUUAACGAUCGUUAGGGUCGUCUUUCGCUCUCUCACUUGCUUGCUGUUCCUUUACCUAUGGAUCCCUUUCGCUGCCCUCACAUUUUACGCGCGUGCCCUUGUCAGUUCGCGUACGGCGGCUCAGACACGGCAGCGCCAUCUGACGGCAACGCAAGCGGAAAUUUUGUUAGGUGCCUGGCUAAUUUACUCAUCUGCUGCCACCGCGGCGACAAGUGUUAGCAGCGAACGAUUCGUCGCGGCGCAGAGACAGAGAGCUCAUUGUAGUUGUUAUCGACGCCGGCUACUUGCACUAGUAGGUCUAUUCAUGUCAUGUUACUAGCGACGAGCGCUGAUGAGGGGCAGUGCGCGGCGAUACAGAUACGACUCCUGAAAGGAGUUGGCAGGGAGCUUGCAAGAAGGGGAGAAUGAAAACUGUUUGUAUGAUUCUCACUACUCUAUGUCGAAAUCUAUCAAAUAACGAGGGAAAGACUGUGGAAGAGUAGAGAGCGAAAAAAAAAGAGUCAUUUGACUCAACGUCUUAGGGUUACUUUGCUGGUUUGCAAAGACAUCCUUGGACGGCUCAGUGGUCCCCUCGAUUCUGUGCGCGUGUGAACAAACGAAGUGUCGACGAAGCGUUAGCUAUUGACAGCUUAGUUAACUUCAACAAAACCAGAAACAAAAACAAAAAGACAAUUGAUUAAUUCCACUGAAGACAAAUCCAAACAAGAUUGUGGUUUUAGCAUUCAGCAGUGGUUGGGCUCUACGUUCUUCUAUGUUAUGAAAGAGUUUCUGUGGCAGUGAACUGGGAACAAAAUCGACCACAUCUAAGUCAAGGAUGCGCUUUCGUAAGGAUGUUUACCUCGACCCCAACACUUAUUCAGUCAUCUCGGAUAACAAUUUGAUCUUCUGCAGGGUCCUCGAGCUCGAGAGUGCUCUUGAAGAUGAGGCGUACUUGGAUCAGCGGCGAAUCCGACAGAUCUGCAAACUCCGAACGUUGCCCGACCAUUUGCGCACACAAGUCUGGAAGGUUAGCCUGGGCCUCGAAAAUAGCCGAAAGCAUGAGUCUUCAUGGGAUGAAAUGUACAAUCUUCAAGAGCAAGCGCUCAUCCGCCAGGACUGUCAGAAACUUGUUGAAAAACUAGGAAAUGAGGGAGCGGAGAAACUUUCGGUGUUGUGCGACCUGGAAUCGGUAGUCACGCGCUUCGUCAAACAGAGUAACCUCCGCUACGAGGUCGGUAACGGCUGGAUGGCGCUGCUCGAACCGUUAGUAGCAUUACGUCUCAAUAAGGAGGACCUUUACGGAGCUUUUUAUAACAUGGUGCACCGAUUUGUACCAAGGAGUUGUUUUCAGGACGGAGACGCUCGUUUUGGGAGCGCAGCGUUCCAUCUGAUGCGGUUGUUACUGCAAUAUCACGAUCCUGAGAUCUGCUCAUUUCUGGAAAGUAAGAAGGUCGUUCCCGAACAGUACGCGUGGCGGUGGCUCGCCAGCGUCUUCAGCGAAAGCUGCGACCUCGCCGUAACCCAAUCGAUUUGGGAUAUCUACCUACAAAUAUGUGAUCCAUUCCUCGUUUUCUACCUUGCUCUUGUGCUUCUCGUCAAUCUUAGAGAUCAGAUUCUCGCGUCGAAGACCGAGCCACGCGAAAAAAUUGUCGAAUCGAUUUCGUCAGCACCCUGCGCCCUAAAUGCCGACGACGUCGAAGACUUCUGCCAGCUGGCGCACUUCUACUCGACCAAGACUCCGCCGUCGAUUUAUGCCUCGUUUCGGCAUUCACUCUUCGGCCUGCGGACGCAAUCGUCUAGUUCGGCGUCGCCCGCGACCUCAUCGACUUCGACUCCUGAGCCGGAUCAUCCUACCCGGCCAGCGGGCGUUACCGAGGACGAGGCCAUCUCGGCGAGCCUUGCUCAAGUUCUGUGCCUUCCUGUACCUCCUUCCGAUCUACUGCUCAACGAAGCGCAGCGCAUGAGUCUGCCCUAUAAAUCGCUCGUUCGAUACUUUGUAGUGGAUUGCCGGCCAGCAGAACAGUACAAUGCAGGCCACCUCAAAACAGCGUUUCACCUAGACGCAAGUCUGAUGCUGUCCGAGCCAACAGCAUAUAGUAUUGCUGUACAAGCGCUUUUCACCGCACAGAAACACAUGGUGGAAGCAGGCAAGGCAGGAGAACACAUCUGCUUUAUGGGAAGCGGACGCGAGGAAGAAGAUCAGUACGUAAAUAUGGUAGUCGCAUCGUUCUUACAGAAACAAGUUACUUAUAUCUCGCAGGUGCGCGGUGGAUAUUCUGCCCUGCACGACCUCAUCAGCGAGGAGUCCCAUUUAGACGAGUACCUCACCGAUCACAACCCACAACAAUGCAUCCAGUGCGCCUCAUCAAAUCAUAGCAACAAGUCGGGUUCGAAUCUAAGUACCGACACGGAUGAGUCAAAGGAAAGCACCUCGUUUUUCUCGCGCUUCCGACAGAAAGAAGGACUUUUGGGCAAGUUGAAAUUGAAGCUUUCUUCAGCACAAGAUCUAAAGGAAGAGUUCAAGGGCCUAAUGAUUGGAAAUUCAACUCCAAUUGGUGGACCAAUCAACCCUGAACGGCAUGUGUCUAGCGGCGACAAGCUGGGUAAAAGAUAUCGUGCCGCUGAUUCAAUGUUCACUUCAACUUCGAUUGAUGACGAUGAUCUUCUUGAUGACGGUGGCUGUUUGGGUUCGGACGCAUCCGUGGGAGCUGAAGAAGUGAGCGUAGAAGCUUGGAAGCAUAAAUCCGAUGUAUUAGCUCAUUACGAAUGCGAAGAGCUGCGGCCGGGAGCAAAGACUCUUUGCCCUAACUGUCACCUGCUCAUUUCACGGACACAUUUAUUCGUGCUUCGAGAGCUUUCAUCGAAGAAAAACUUUGCACAUAUUGUAGCAAGACGUCCACUUGUGUCUAUUGUGAAGAUAACCUCGAAAAAGAGCCACCCCGAGCUAAUUACAUUCAAGUACGGAUAUUGUCCGUCACCGAUGGAGGCUGAUGCGGAUGAAGGCGAACCCGGUAAGACAUUUCAGAUUACGGGUAGCGACGUGCUUUUUAUACCGAGAGCAGCGGACGCCAUUAAGCUCGUCAAAAUGCAAGUAAUGCGGCUCAUUGACGAAAUUGAGAAUAGUAAGUAGCUGGAAUGGAACAAGUUGGAAGAAUCGGAACGGAAAAAGAAGAGUGCCAGCUAAGCAACAGUUAUGGCAACAGCCAUGUGGCGUCAACAAUGAUAAGACCAUAAGUAAAAGCAGUGUUCGACCAUAAAAUUGACCAUCAAGUGUUGCUAGAUUAAGCAAUUAUAGAUGAUGAAUUGAUCUAUUUUGUUGAUUGAUGGUAGCCACAGCAAGACAACCAACCAUAGGAAAUUUCAUCUUGAUGGCUUUUGCGUCUCUAGCGAAUUUUCCUGCUGCCUAGCACGGGAUGCAUUUGCUAUCAUGUGUAGUCAAUUGCAAAUUAUAAAGGAUCAGUUUUGAUUAUUUAGGAUCAGUGUAUGAUUUACACGCGCGUUGGUGGAGAAGGAUAGAACGAGUUCAACGACGUUCAUUCUGAGCUGACGGGUCCUCCAUGCAGACGUUCCAACUGACAAACAACUACGACGACUGUGCACACAAAGGGUAUCAUGUUGUUUUUAACUUGUACAGAAUAACUGGUCUGGAGGAAAGCCUAAUUUUGAAGGAAGUUACUUUUUCAGAUUUUGCCCAUUAUACUAAUAAAUGUUAACCUAUUGGCACACAUAGUAUUUGAAUAGUAAUCAAGACUUCGUGGUUCGAAUGGCUUCAGCCAGGUCCACCUCGAAACAAUUAAUCUCUAUCAUGUGCGUUGAACAGAAAUCAAUGGUAAGGUUUAUUACGUUUCUUUCACUACGUUCUCAUCAUAGUCAAUCGCUGACUAUAAUUUUCGAACUUCUACUGCAAGCGACUGGUCCUAACGCAACCGAAAUGACCUUUUUCGUAUAGAGCCGACGCAAAUGAUAUCUUGUCGCUUAAUCACCAAGUCACUGGACACGCUUCUUCUUUUUAUUCCCUUUUUGAUACGUUUAUAUACACCAAUAUAUAUAUAUAUAUAUAUUGGUACGAUAAAGCACUAUAUAUAUAUAUAUAUAUAUAGUUUUAUCGUGGCAAUAGAUGUUAAAAGCUAGGUGUACUCUACGUGGCAUACGAGUACAUUUGACGACAUGGUUAAAGUGGUAGUCGUGUCAUUCUGCGUGACAGAGUUAAUAUGACAAUAGUAGAACAAAAUCGAUUCGAGACACAGAAAACGUUAUUUAAGCGACUUUUAUCAACACGAAGAAGAAGGAGAAAGGCUUCGCUCAUGGGUCAACUGCUUUAUCUGAGGGUCUUCCUUCAUAGCUUCGUAGCACUGAAAAAUGAUUCCCGAGAGGGUAAACUUUCAUUUUAAUGCAGAUUACCUCACCUCAUUGUACUUGUAGUACGACUAUAUGCUAAGUAACUUUCACUAGUGAUACUUUUUCUAGCGCUAGACAUUGCUGACCCUAUCCAAAUGACACAAGCCUGUGACAAAAACUCCAACAACCAAGAAGGUAUCACGCAAGGUGAACAGAUCGAAGGCUGGUAUGUUACCAGGAUAUCAGAAGUAGUAGAAAUGAAUUCUUACAUAAGGACGACUGGGGUGAAAUUGUAGACCGGAUGAUGGAGCCGCACAUUUUGUCGUCGUUAGAUUUAUGUUUUUGACAGUUCGACAUGGGUGUUUCAAAUUAUACGUCCAUUAUCAACACUAUCAUUAGCGAUUGUUAUUAUUUCUGCAAAAACUAUUCAUAUUCUUGUUUGUCCACCCACGUGACCCGUACAGCCCAAAACAUAUAUAGAUACAAAAAUUUUCUAUCGGUGUGUAAAAGGAUGAUGAAUGCAUAGAUAUCUAAGUUAAGCGUGUAGGAGUAACGUAGCACUUCGGGCCUUGGCGCUUCUCAAAGGAACGAACGAAACGCUACAACGAAUCGAUAAUGCGUAAUCCGGCAGAAGCAGAACGAAUAUCGGUAGUACACGCGACGACCUGUGAUUUUCAGACUCAUUUUUUUUCUUUCGAAGUUAUUCUAGGUACCUCUCUGCGAGAAAUAAUGUUGGAGAACGAAAAGGCGCCAAUUCUAACAAACAUGAUACAUAUAUAUACAUUCGUUGCGCACAGAUCAUAUUCUUCAGAACAUCUGCCAUUUCAUUCUAUAAAAAGAUCUAACGAAGCGACAGCAGUGGACAGUGGGAACUGCAACAAGGUGACGUAUGACUGCCGUAUGAAUAACCAUCGCUGCAAAUUGUGACACAACGAUACGUAACGGCAAUAUACAAAAACGCGUGAUAAGUAACUGUGCGUGUUUUGGUA